AAUCACUCGACCAAUCGUUUGUUGUUGUGCUGUACGGUGUGCUUUUCGAUCUCGCGGCCGCUACUAAUGAGAAAUCUCUAAUUAUUUUGCAACGUAUAUAUGCAUGUGUACAUAUAUCCAUAAGUGACAAACGGGCAACGGGCAAGAGAAAAGCGAAGCCAACUGCAUAUGCGAUUAUCGGGUGUUCCUUGGUGUACAUACGUGUGCGUGGGUGUGCGAAUAAAUAAUAAUACGAAAUGAACGAGCAGCAGCAACAACAACUGCCCAUCGAGCAGCACUACUACCAGCGCAGCUGCCAUACCAGCAAUUCCUUAUCAGAUAGCCGGGAUUACGAUACGAACUCGUCGCGUACCUCGCUCACCGGAUCUCCGCCAGCCCCCUCUUCCGCCGGAUCCAUUUCCCUAGACUUUGAUGGAGGGUUCGGCACGAUGGGCGGUGGAGCCCUGUCUCAGCUACUUGUUCCGAAACUGGAGGCGGAGAGCGGCCUGGGUAUCAUCCACUCGGACAGCUACAGCCUCUACAGAGCACCAGGCUCCAUCGAAUCCACCAGCGGCGAGCAACAGGUGCUGGAUCUCGGGCUAACGCUCGAGCAGGACGAUGUCCAACUCUCAGAAGCCACCUACAAUGCACUAUUCAGCUACGAGAAUCAGUCCAGCACAUCCAUCACACAAUCGCUACAAAGUCACAUACAGUCCAAGUCAGAGGAAGGAGGGGAGGAUGAGGAAAUGCACCAGCUCCUCACCCUACCCGCCACUCAACUAACACCCAUGCCCAUUACGGUCAUACCCAUCACAUACCAUCACACCGAGUCAUUGACCCCCAGUCUGGGCGAGGUGCCCCUGAUAGCCACACUGAGCGAGGACACUGGCCAGGUGCUCAACCUGGACGACAUCUGCUUCACCCUGGAGUACCAGUUCGAGAACCAGAAACUCGUCCAGGUCCAGCCGCCCACCGUCGUCUCGCUGAGCAUGCUGCCCCCAGCCUCCGAAGGGGUGUCCCCAAUUCUACCCAACUGUGAUAAUGGCCAGGGAAUCGUCGUCAACUCCAACAGCAACUCGAUGGAGGCCACAUCUCCGUCGUAUUUCACCGUUGAGACGAGCUAUGUGGACGAUUACGAUCAGAAUGAGCUGGACGAGGAUGAGCAGCUGGCGCACUGCAUCCAGCCGGGCGUCUUGCACAAAGAUGACCAGGAGUAUGAGGAGGACGAGGUCGGGCAUCAGGAUGAGAAUGAUCAGCUCAUGGCACUGGCCUACGAGAGCUCCGACGAGGCUCUUAGUCGCUAUAGAUGCAACUACGAGAACUGUUACCGCAGCUACAGCACGAUUGGAAAUCUGCGAACGCAUUUAAAGACACACACAGGCGAUUACAGCUUCAAGUGCCCCGAGGAUGGAUGCAACAAAGCGUUCCUGACAUCGUACAGCCUGAAGAUCCACGUCCGUGUCCACACGAAGGUGAAGCCCUACGAAUGCGAAGUGACUGGCUGCGAUAAGGCCUUCAACACCCGAUACAGAUUGCACGCUCACUUGCGGCUACACAAUGGGGAGACGUUCAACUGCGAGCUGUGCCAGAAGUGCUUCACCACCCUGAGCGACCUGAAGAAGCAUAUGCGCACCCACACCCAGGAGCGACCGUACAAGUGCCCGGAGGACGACUGCGGCAAGGCCUUUACCGCCUCGCAUCACCUGAAGACGCACAGGAGGACGCACACCGGCGAGAAACCGUAUCCCUGUCAGGAGGACAGUUGCCAGAAGUCGUUCAGCACAUCACACAGCCUCAAGUCGCACAAAAAGACCCAUCAGCGCCAGCUGACCAACAAGGGCCGGAAGAAGAGGCCGCUGAAGCCGCAGCAGGGGAAGCUCACGGACCUCGAGCAGGAUCAGGAGAACCUUCAGGACCAAAGCCAGCUGGAGGAACAGGAGGAGGGAGAGGAAAGGUCGGAGAUGAUGGCCCUAAAUCCAGGAAGUCAGUGCUCCGAGACCACCAGCACAGAUAGUGGAGUGGUUCUGCACACUCUGACGGGACAGGAUCAGUUACAGAGCGUGUUUAUCCUUCCGGAGGAUCAGCCACUGACCCUACCCGAAACAUCACAAGCCUAUCAAUUGUCCUAUGCAGCUGAGGAGGAGAUACCCAGUCCCUGGUCGGAUGCGGGGGUGCUCCUUUCCAAGCCCAUCAUUCCCAUGGCACCGGUUACAGAUGCCUGUGUGGCUCUGCCCACGGAGAUGCCCAGCUUCGUCGACUUGAAACCCACCUUUGGUAAUGGUGUCAGCGGAAAUAUGGAACAACCCCAAGCCGAGAUCAUGGAGGUGGAAACUGUGGCACCGCCACUACCAACUCCUACCCUGGAACUCAAUCUACAGAACAUUGAGGAGCUGCUGAAGCAGGACUCCAGCUUCGACAACGAGGAGGACAUGGAGACCGAUUCCCUGCUGAACGACAUCCUCAUGACCAUCGACAACAACAGUGCUCUGCUGCAGGAAACCCUCCACCAGGCCUCUCAGGUGCCAACGGACGCUUCUGGCUUGGUGGAACUGGACAUUCGGGACAAUAAACCAACUCUGAAACAGAUAACAGCCGAUGCGGGCAUCUGCAAUUGCACCAACUGCAAGUGCGAUCAGACCAAGAGCUGCCAUGGCGGAGACUGUGGAGCAUCUAGUCAGAAACCGACGAGGACCACCACCACGACCUUGGCCACUCCGAAGCCGAGUGGCGGGAAGCGCAUCUGUGGCAGCAAAAAAGUGAGUAAACGCGAGGCCGAAAUGAACCAGAACAUCGAGGAUGUUGCUUUGCUGCUGCAAAACCUGGCUUCCAUGGGCAACGCCAGCUCCUCCGGCGGCGGUUGCUGUGGCGGUGGUGCGGCCAAGCCAGCCCCUACCACUGGCGGCUGCUGCGGAGAACCCAAGAUUCAGCCCGAGCCGGCCAAGAGUUGCGGCAGUUCAUCAUCCGGUGGUGGUGGCUGUUGUGGUGGGGGAGGAGCACCUGCUGCACCACCAUCGCAAUCUUCGGGCGGCUGCUGCUCCAGUAACAAACCAGCUCCAGCACCGGCGCCGCCCUCCGCUUCAGGGUGCUGCUCGGGCAAGGCCAAGGCCCAGGAGCCACCGGUCAUCACCAACGCCCCCGCAACCGCCGUCAAGGGGGCGUCCUGCACCUGCAAGAGUCCGGCGGAGGGGGUGGCCAACGGCUGUUGUGUGGUGAUCUGCAUUAAAACGCUGCAAGCGCUCCGCAAAGUUCUGACGCGCCGGAAUCUGAACCUAAUGCUUUGUCCACAACAGAACUAAACUGAGAAGCCAACAACUACUUAUGUACACUAAUCCCCAACAGUUUAAUCCCAAUGUUUCACGUAGGCCCAGACCAUGUAAUCGAUUAAGUAUUGUUGUGCCUGUAAAAAGUAUUUUCCAA